AAGUUGGUAAGCGGCUUCACCUCAGCUAACAUCGCCAUGAAAACUGCUCUGAUUGCCGUGUUGGCGGCCACCCUGGCGGUCGCCAGCUGGGCUGCUCCGGAGGCCAGCGGAGGCUAUGGCUCUGGUGGAGGUGGAGGAGGCUCCUUCGGUGGGGGAGGAGGUCAUGGCAUCGGUGGGGGUGCAGGAGGAUCCUUCGGUGGAGGAGGAGCAGGGGGAUAUGGCUCUGGAGGAAGAGGAGGAGGACUUGGCUCCGGAGGGGGAACUGCGACCAUCAACUUCAAUCUUGGAGCACCUAAAGGCUCGUCUGGCGGAGGCCUCGGAGGUGGACACGGAGGCGGAUCCAGCGGAGGAUUUGGCGGAGGCUUCGGAGGUGGUUCCUCAGGUGCAUACAGUGGAGGUUUCAGUGGAAGUUUCGGAGGCGGUUCCAGUGGAGGCUUCGGAGGUGGACACGGAGGCGGUUCAAGUGGAGGAUUUGGAGGUGGUUCCUCAGGAGGAUACAGUGGAGGUUCCAGUGGAGGUUUCGGAGGCGGUUCCAGUGGAGGCUUCGGAGGUGGACACGGAGGCGGUUCCAGUGGAGGAUUUGGCGGAGGCUUCGGAGGUGGUUCCUCAGGUGGAUACAGUGGUGGUUCCAGUGGAAGCUUCGGAGGUGGACACGGAGGCGGUUCCAGUGGAGGAUUUGGCGGAGGCUUCGGAGGUGGUUCCUCAGGUGGAUACAGCGGUGGUUCCAGUGGAGGCUUUGGAGGCGGUUCCAGUGGAAGCUUCGGAGGGGGACAUGGAGGCGGUUCCAGUGGGGGCUCCGGCGGUAGCUCAGUGGGAGGAGGAUACGGCAAAUGAAGAAGGCUUCCCUUUCCAGGCGAAAGCGUGUCUCGAUUGUCAGCAUUUAUAGAUUAAACAAUACAAUAAUC